AUGGCAGCUAUAAGCAAGCGCCCAACUGCACAGACAACAGACGCAAAGUACACAGCACAUCCGUCGAGGGAGGCCAGACACCUUGUAAAGUGGACUGAGAUUGUUGGUGGCCUGGCCGUGCUACUCCUACUGACCGUGGGGCUGGCCUUUGUACUGUCGACCUUUUUUCUGGCAACAAUUGGCGUCGGCCAGUUGGAAUUGCGGAUUAUUAUAUUGCUCAAAAACUGGUGGGUUUCAGGCCUGCUAAUUGCAGUAUUGGCCGCUGCCGUUGCCCGCCAUCGUUACCGCCUUUGGCUGCGCCUAAAGGUUGGUAGCGGCACCGGCAGUACUGGAAAUGCCAGCAACAGCCUUUAA